CGUAUGUCAGAGACAUGGGGACGAGAAGGAAACGAGCAUUGAUCAAUUAUGACGUCAUAAAUAUCUUCGGUCUAAACACGCGCUAAACAUGCAAAGAAAAAGAAGAGUCACGUUUUAGUAACAAGAACGAUUCAAAUAAUAAGAAGUCAGAAAUGGACAGAGAAAACGUGACAAGAGAAUCUGUGAUGUUCACGGACAGCGAUGAUGAGUUAGAAUUCCUUAAACAGCGAAAUAUCUCCAAGAACAGCGAAAACUUCCCCGAGGCGUUUGUUCAUGCAAUACGCCACAGCACUGUCAGGAGUUUGUUAACGAUGAGCAGCCGUUGUGGUUCUUCCUCCACGUAUACAGACAGUCGAUCCUCGUUCAUGGACAGCGACACAUCUGCUCCCACGAAACUCCGCGAUCAGCUCACGAUGAUCCCCGAGUCGGUGCUGGCCGCGCUCACGAACAUCCAACGAAAUCAGUUACGACGAGUGCGCGAAGAUGCGUCGAACCAUCUCGAGAGCAUUCUUCGAAACGUCGUAAGAACAGUUGAUGUAUUCUACGCGGAACAGAUGCCCCGAGAGCUCUUGGUUCCCGCCAAGAAAAUGAUAGGAAGUGAAGAAAACGAGGAGGCGCGCAUCAAAGAGGAAAUAAGAAAGUUUUUGAAAGGCGAGAUUGAGGAGAGGGUAACAUGUUUGUCCCAAGGGAAACAACAAGUUGCCAAAAAGAAGAGAAGAAAAUCUGUUGCUGGGACGAAAGAUGAAGUGACUGUCGAAGAUGAAAACGAGGAAGAAAAUGAUGCUGCUGUCACGACGAUUGCUGAAGAAAUGGAGGAGCCAGUAUGCCAAGUGAUGUUGAACAUCGUUGAUGAUCUUAAUAGUAUAUCCUUUGACCGCCAAAUACUACUGAACGAAGUACUUGAAUGGAUGGACCGAUAUCCAGUUGAUUCGCUCCCGGGAAAUUUCCUCGAGACACCCACGGAAGAAUCUGCACCUGCACCUGCACACUACGACCUCGGCGAACAGGAGAAUUUGUUUUCCGAAUGGGAGGUAAAGAAGAAUAUCAGACGAUUGACAUCGAUAUCAGAAGAAAUGGGGCUGGUAAAAUUUGAAGAUGUUGAUGGAAAGGACAAAGAAGAUGAAGAUACCGGAGACAAAGAAGACGAGAAAAGAAAACUGCUUGAAGAAAAGAUGAAUAAACAAAAAUCAAGAUACAUUGCAAAUAAAGUUUUCGAUCUUGAAUCACUCGGGGAGUCUAAAAACUGGCGGACUGCUUCCAACGCUAUCGGUCAGGUUCUCGAAGAGGCGUCUGCUUCGAACACAAAUCCCCGAGUGAAACAGACGUUCACCAACGCGCACAAGCAAUUCCGCUUCAUGACCGAGUUGGCGGAGAAACGACUUGAGGAGAAGACUAAAAUAGAACUGCAGUUGAAUUCUGUCACAGGAAAGUUGAAUAAGGAGAAGAAAGAAGUGAAAUCUUUAAGGAAAAAGAAACAGACCUUGGAAACUCAAGUGGAAAGAUGUCAAGAUGAUAUCGUAGAACUAAGGAAGGAAGUGGACGUCAGAGACGAGAUGAUUAAGGAGAAAUCAGACCAAAUAUAUGAACUGGAAUGCCUCAAUGAAGAACAGGAACAAGCUCUUAAAACUGAGCGAGAGUUGAAGAGACAAGCACCUCCUCCUGUUGUAAUACACCAGCCUGUUGUAAAACCACAGCCUCGUCAGGAGGAACAGAAAACAAAACAGCCUGACGAACCAAUCCAGCAACCAAUCAAAACAACAUCGGUAACUAAAGAAGAGCCACCGAGCUCUGAGAAACAAGCCAGCUCUGAAAAACAACCGAGCCAGGAGCAAGCCAAACAAAAGACAACAAGAAGAACUUCGAAAGAUGGCGUUCAUGCAAAAACCAAGAAAGAAAACAAGGAAGAGGAGAAACGGAAAAAGAAGGAAAAAGAAGAUACUCGAAGAACCUCCGUCAUAAUGUCUUUAAAAGAAGCGAAAGCGGAGUUGGACGAACUGAAAAAGGCGGGAGAGGCGAGGGAGAGUUUAGUAAAGGAAUUGAAAAUGAAAUUGCAAACGGAAAUGGGAAGAUUCGAGCAGGAAAAGCUAAAGUUAGAAGAGGAAACACAGUUGUAUAAACUUCAAGCUGAGAGCUUGAAAAAACAGUUUGAGAUGGAGCAGGAGGCCUGGGAACGGACCAAGAAUGAAAUGCAACAGGAGAAAGACAAAUUAUCCAAUGAGGUUCAAGCAAAAGAGGAGAUUAUUAAUUUCCAAGAACAACGAAUCCAGGAGGUUGCCCGCGAGAUGACAUUAAGCCUGAUGCGCGCGGGCUUGCAGGCUAACACGGGAACGGCACGUGGCACCGCGACUGACAAAUUACUGGAGUCGAAACAAAUGUUGGCUAAACUUCACUUACAAUACGAAUAUGAAAUGCAGAAACUGCGAGAAUACGUGAAGAGAGAGUCGGAUCGACAUCAAGCAGAAACACGGAGACUAGAGACAGAAUACAAAGUAAACCUUCAGAACAUCUACAGAGACACCAGCGUGAUAUUCCGGGCAGUGAAUAGAUUUAAAGAAUGCUUAGCUACGCUUUUUGACAGAGAAAAUUUGGCUGAUGCAGCCCACGGAAUACGGAAACUUCCUAACUUACUUGAGGAUGAAACGACGACAGAUCCACACAUUAAACUGCUGAAGAUGGCUGGAGGGAUCACUGAGCUCAUGGUUCAAAUGGAGUUCAAAAUGUCGCAGGCUUUAAUGAACAAGAGAAUUGAAAUGAAAGACAACUCUGUGGCGAAGAGUUUCUUAGAAAAGGACUUAGAAGCCAGAGAAGAACUGCUUAAGAAAGCCAGAGAGCUGGGAAACUUACAGGCAGAGAAGUUAAAGCAAGCAAGACAGGAACUCUCGGGUCAAGAGGUUGAAUUGUUGAAACUCAGACAUAGCGAGACGGACAAGUAUGUUGAUUUGAUGGAAAGAAAUAAGGAAUUGACGAGGCAGAAUUCAAUGUUAAACAAAGAGGUGACAUUCUUAGCGAAAGAGCUACAGGAUGAGUCGAGAGCGAAGGAAACGCAACGACAAGAAAUGCAAAAAGAAGCCGGUGAAAUGAAGAAGAAGUUGAAAGAACAAGACGCUAUCGUAGCAAGCUUAAAAUCAGAAAAUUCACGCAUUUUGAACGAGCAAAAUUUGCACAUAAGGAGCAAAGAUAUGAUUAGAAAUAUCAAACUACUAAACGACGCUUUAGCUUCGAAGAAAAUACCACAGGAGAAACACGUAGUGGCAAUGGCAGUGCUGGAGAAAACCAUCAACGCGGCUGGAACGCGUCUUGCAUGCCUGGUGAGGAAGUAUGUACUCCAUAAAAAAUGGAAGAAGAUCUGUGAAGCGAUAAAAGAGUAUCGUAAGGGUUUCCAAAGACCGCGUAAGGUUGAAGAAUAUCUUAAGAAUAUGGAACAAAGAAUAGCCGAGAAAAAGAAGAAACUGACCCAACGGAAAACUGAAGAAAUGCAAAAGAAAACCGAGAUGUAUAUGUGUUUUAAACAAAUGUGCAAUGAAUUAAAUAAGGACCAUGGUGUUCAUCUCAUUCGACCUCACAUCAAAAGAGUGUAUUCUAGUACUUCCAUGUCCCAGCUUCCAGAGCAACAAUUAAUAAUACACAAGAAACGACAAGAUCACUUGACCAAAAUGCUUAAAAGGAACUCUGGUGAUGUUGGAAAUUUGAGUGGUAUUAAAGGCUUUAAGUUCUUUGCUCCUGAAGAAGUUGACACAACAUCUUGGGAGUUGCCAGCUAUUGAAACUUCACAAAGCUCUAUUGUAACACCAAAAAUCCUCGACAUGGAUAUGAAGAAAGCACGUGAGAGUUGUCAGCGUGUACUUACAAGCAAAAGUUGUGGGAAUUUUGACAAUGCUGGAUCCAAAAUGGCCCCAUGGUGUCGUCAGCGAAAGAUCAGAGAAUCUUUACUUUGUUUGCCUCCAAUUGCUACACUUUAUCCUGAAAACUAG